GUUUGUGCAAUCACAAAAAUGUGUGAGUGUGUGUGUGUUUUGUGUGUGUUUAGAGGUGGUUGGGGAGGCAGCAUGAGGAGACAGAAGCAAACGGAGCGUAUUAGAGAGGAAGAGGAGCCACAGCAGCCACAGUCAUGGGCUCGUCGGUGCGCACAGCGUUGGACCACUGAUUUAUAUAUAUUUACACACGUUUUUCCAGCACACAGGGUAAAAUUUUCUCUGUGUUUUUUUGUCGUGUUUUAUUGAGAGGAGCAUGUCAAAGGCUGCGCCAGUGCUUGUUUCUGCUGGAGCUCUGUUCCUUUUCGGAGGAUUCAUCAUCACCACCAUCACCUCGGGGAAACUCCACGGAGCCGUCGCGUCUUGUCAGUGAAGCCUUUUUGGUUCUGAACGCAAAGCAGAGCGGACAGAUCACCGUUAGAUUAUAAGGAGGAGGUGAAGGAGCCGACAGGAGACGAUGCUGCUCGUCCCGACCGUCCGUGGAGGCUCUGAGCGGCUCCGGGAGCUCGACUGUCGGAUCUUUACGCGCUGAGAGGAGCCUGUCAGGUGAAUCACGCUUCGAGACUGAACUGAUUGACUGAUCAGAAGGGGGGAAGGAAAAGAGGAGGAGAGGAGGGGGGAGGGCGUGUGGAUGUGAGACCAUUUUUUUUUUUAAUUUGAAAAAAAAAAGAUCAACAUCUGGAUUUGCUGGUUGGUUCGAGAAGAGAAGGAAGGACGCGUCACUGGACCUUUCACUGGACCUUUUGGACAUUUGUUGCAGGAGGAUUGCUAUUACAUUCUUUUUGUACAAUAAUUUCCUUUCCUGCUCUAUUCCCGAAAAUAGAGGAGGAUCCAGAGGAGAGAGGACACCAGGUUGACACAGGAGGGGUUGGGGGUGGGAGAGAAAAAAUGCUGCCAUCGCAGGAAGCCUCCAAAAUCUACCAUGACAACUACAUGCGCAACUCCCGGGCCAUCGGGGUCCUGUGGGCCAUUUUCACCAUCUGCUUGGCCAUCAUCAACGUGGUGGUCUUCAUCCAGCCAUACUGGAUCGGCGACAGCGUCAGCACGCCACAAGCCGGAUACUUCGGCUUGUUCCACUACUGCGUGGGCAACGGCAACUCCAACCGGGAGCUCUUGUGCCAGGGCAGCUUCUCCGACUUCGCCUCCAUCCCUUCAGGAGCCUUCAAGGCUGCGUCGGUCUUCGUGCUCAUGUCCAUGGUGCUCAUCCUCUCCUGCAUCGGCUUCUUCGCGCUCUUCUUCUUCUGCAACACCGCCACGGUCUACAAGACGUGCGCCUGGAUGCAGCUGCUAUGCGCCGUUUGUCUGGUCCUCGGCUGUGUGAUCUUCCCCAACGGCUGGGAUGCUGAGGUGAUCCGGGACAUGUGCGGCGAGGACACGGCCAGGUACGCUCUGGGAAACUGCUCGGUACGCUGGGCCUACAUCCUGGCCAUCAUCGGCAUCCUGGACGCGCUGAUUCUCUCCUUUCUGGCCUUCGUGCUGGGAAACCGGCAGAGCGACUUCCUGCAGGAGGAGCUGAGGGCCGAAAGCAAAGAUUUCGCUGUGUCGAGGCUUCUAGAAAAGAAGAACCCUGAAAAAACUCCCUUAUAUCCUCCCCUCUUCUUCCUCACCCCUGACCAGGCAUGUCUCACCCCUGUAAGGUUUUUCUACUCAUUUAAGAUGAUGCUACUUCUACUCUCAUGCCGUCUUUUCUUCUGUUUCUUCUCCAGAUUGAGAUCCGGGACACCAAGGACCCAAGAUAUACACUCCAGCGGUUCCACUGAGAACCAAACUUCCUCUUCUAGCUCCCUCCUUCCUCCCUUUUCCUCCCUCCAUCCUGCUCCUCCUCGUCCUCUCUCCUAAACUCUUCAGGUUAAAAUCUUUACAUCUGGGCUUCUAAGCCAAAACUCAGCAGUUUGUAAAACAGGAACUGAAGUGGAAUCAUCUGAGAAGCUGUUGAAGAGAAACCAAGAGGAAGAAGAACGAUCAGCUUUAUCAAACUCUGGGAUAAAAUCACUCAAACACACAGUGUCUCAUAUGAAAGUCAUUGAUAAUGAUAAUGGAGCUCAUAGUGGGAGUAUAUUAUGAAAAUAAAUACAUAUUUUUAUCGAGUAGGAAAGAGCAAUUUCCAGCUUUAAAAACAACAUUAUUACGUGCGUAUAUAAAAGCACAAAGGUGCUACUUGAGACAGAAAAAAAAGAAAAUUUUGUACAGCCACAGUGUAAUUUUAAAGUCUUUUUCAAGCCACUUUUAAACUUCUCUUUGUAUAUGACAAGGUCUGAUCCCAGGAAUUAAAAAAAGAAAUGAGAUGUUUCUAUGGAAACAGGGUAAAUACACUCAUUUAAGCAUUUUGUUGCCCCCAUUCAUGGAACGUCCCUGUGAGCCGUGGAAUAUUUAAACCUGUUAACAUUGUCAAAUCAUGAAAAAAAAGUGUGGAUUUGUCCUUAAACCUUGUAUGUCCUCCUUCAGUCCACAUUAUAGAAAAGAAACGAGAGUAAAAUCCAUUCAGUCACAUGUCAGUUUUUGCUUUUCUCCUCCCGUUCUGGUCGCUCUCGGCUCUGCUCUGGGUUUUAUCUGUACGUCCGUCACCAGGAAAGGCCCUGCAUGCUGCAUCUGUCUCAGGCUUGUAAUGACAAUUCUUCCUCUACAAGCUCAGUGGGGCUCCGACUCCGCUAAGUCUGACAGGCUGUUUGCUGCACUGUCCAACCCACCAGCUGAGGAGCUGAGAGGACGAACCAGCACAGGUUCACAUCGAGAAAACGGACAUUACCGGCUCGGAUUCCACACAGAACCCUUCUAUGGACUGAAAAUACUGCUUUAAAGUACAUAUCUUGGUUAUUCCGCCCCAUUUCACUGAAAACCUCUCACCUGAUCAUCUUCAGUUUGAAAAAAAAGGUAAAUAUUGAUUGAGUUGAGAAUGUGUAAAAUCUGGGCUCAUAAUUCUUAAAGAAGGUGGGUUCAUGUUGACUUGUACGCCGUUUUCUUCACACCAAUCUGUGGACCAGUGUUUGAAAUGCCAAAACUUGAGAAAUAAUAUAGCUAGAGUCCUGAAAUUUUGUAUUAUUGCUCCCAACUUUCCCAACACAGUGUUUCUAUGUGGCUAACUUUUCGCUAAUGAGGAUAUAAUAAAUUCAAACAGAUCUUAGACAUAUUGCUUGUGGUACCCCUUUUUGUACAAUUAUUUGAAGCACUAUGAGUUGGAAAAACAUGAUUUUUCUUUUAGCCCUAUAAUAAUAUCUCACUCUUCCUAUUGGGACCAUUAUUGGAGACGUUUCACCAUCAUCACUGCUCAAUGCAUGUUUAAAUAUUGACCAUAGAUGCAAAAAAAAAAAAAGUUUUAAAAUUCAUGUUGGUGACAAUCACUGGAAAAUAAAUCAGCCUUUUAGGGCGAAAAAUAAAGGUUUUAUGGUUGGUGGAAUAUUGGAAUAGAAACAAAACGUCAAAAGACAUUUUUGAUCAAAUUUGCACCAACAUAUAACUAGUUUAUAUGAUUCUAUCAAAGCAGGGUUGUACCACUGAAGACCACAUGUACAAAUCAAUGUCACAAUAUCACAUUAUUUUUCAAGUUAUGGCACUUCAAACGUUGAUCCACGGAUUAGAAAAUGCCGCAAAAAUUGGUAUGACUCCAUCGUCUUUAAGAAUUUUUUACUUCAAAAAGUAAUGUUACCUGUGAGUCCAGUUUUGAGACAUGUUUUAUUUAAUAACAUAUGUAUGCACAGAAGAAAAGUCAAACAAAUAUGAAAUAAAAUUUGGUGACUUGAGGUAGAAAAAUCCACGCCUGAACUCGACAUGUUCAUUAGAAGGCACAACUGGAUGAAGAGGUAGAAAGAAUCAUCAUCAUUUAAUUUUACCAUAACAGAUUUAAAUGCUGGGGCUGCUCAGUGGGGUAGUGGUUAGCACUUUUGCCUUGCAGAAAGAAGAUCCCCGGUUCAAAUCCCAGGGUGGGCCUGGGAUCUUUCUGCAUGGAGUUUGCAUGUUCUCCCUGUGCAUGUGUGGGUUUCACUCUGGCUUCCUCCCACAGUCCAAAAAUAUGCUGAGGUUAAUUGGUUACUCUAAAUUGCCCAUACGUGUGAAUGUGAGUGUGACUGUUUGUCUGUAUAUGUAGCUCUGAGACAGACUGGCGACCUGUCCAGGGUGUCCCCUGUCUUCGCCUGAGUCAGCUGGGAUAGGCUCCAGCACCCCCCGCUACCCUAGUGGGGAUAAAGCGGUGUACAGAGAAUGGAUGGAUGGAGAUUUAAAUGCUCUUUUCUCGACCAACCUUGUGCUCUGAAAACACAUUUGAAGGCAAAAUGGACAUCUGACAUUCAGUCCUACAACAUUAGUCAAAGAACUGCAGAAAAAAAACCUUGUCAAAAAGAGUCUGAAGUUUGAAAGCUCUGCGGCUCCAAAUGGUUCAGCAUAUGUCUUUUGCAAAACCUUGAAUUUGGUGUCAGACACACAGAGGUGCAAAAUUAAAGAAAGCAUCACUGAAUUAACCUUCUACCGUAUCCCAGAACAAAAAAAAAAAAAACUGUUGUUGUGUCCUCAUCAACCCCCAAUAUACCUGAUACAUGAGCACUAUUUCUUCAAGACUUUUAAGAGUUUCCAAUGAGUGUAAAAUCAGCAAAGUGCUUCUUCUUUUUCUCCUCACUUUAGUCUAAAUGCUGUGCGACUGUCAUCAUUUGCUUUGACAGUAAUAUGACAGCAUUUCUACAAAUAUAUGUUUUUCCCUGAACAGUUUGGAGAAGAAAAUGGUUAUUUUAGUGUGGUUAGAAGGCAAAAACAGAGAGGUCAAAGCCUUAAACAAACACUUGAAAAGUGUGCAGUACAACAUGCAGUCCGGUUUCCAUCCCAAUGAAGUUAAAAAAAUUUUAAAAAUAAAGUUUCUAUCAACUAGUAUGCAGUAAAUAUUAGGAGUUGGGUGCAGAUUGUCAGAGCUAAUUCUCUUUGUAACCCUCUGUAGAAGAAGAAGCCACAGCAAAUGUAAUCUGAGUUUUGUACCCCACACGAGACAUUAAGAGGAGUUGAAGUAAUUAAAAAUACAUUUAUUAUUGAAACGAACAGUGACAGUUAAAGCUCAAAUGAUGCUCAGAAUGUGUCUGUUUGAUUUAUCUAUCAUGUGAGGAAGGUUACAGUCUCCCUCAUUAGGUCUGUUUUUAUUUCACUUUGUCACAUUUUGAUUUAACUUUUCUCUUGAGCCAAGUGUGACAAAUGUAUUUUGAAUUGCUAGUGUUUCCACUCACCUAUUUUUUUUAAUUACAGAUUUAAAAUAUGCAUAAUAGUAGGUACUCAUUUCAUAAAAUAAUAUGAUUUUUGCAGCUCCACUAACCUGUUUUUAUGGGGAAGAAUAAAUAACUGCACAAAGCAGAAGUGGACUGGACUUUGGUUGGAUCCAUCAUUUUCUUGGUCACUACUGAGGAUUUUGUCAGCAGGACGGUUGUUAUUGGUGGGAUCUUUGAUGCAAACGAUGACAUUUAGGCUUCAUUAGUAGCGAUGACUCACACGUCACAGCUGAGCACACUUAAUGCAAAAAAACCCGUUUUCUCUUUCUCUGUCAUUUUACCUUCUUCUCCUUCAGAUGUUGGCUUUUCUUGCUCUACUCCAUCGUCCAGUUGUGCCUGAUUAAAGCGAUCCCUGACUUUCUCUUUCAGUGCUUCUUUUGUAAAUGGUUUUAUGUUGGUGUGCUGCUCUUGUGGUGAUGUUAUUUUCUAUGAUUAUGGGAUGCUGUGAUGUUUCUCAUUGCUGAAAAAGGAAAUGCUUAUGCAGGACUGGCAGCCGGUGUCAUAAACCACUUUACCACCAUCUGUGUUGUUGUUUUAUCAAGAAAAUGAAUAAACUGAUUGACUCAA